GGGCGGGCCGCGGGGCACGCCGGGACGGGACGGAGGGGGUCCCAGGAUGGCGGAGAGACCGGAGGACCUGAACCUGCCCAACGCCGUCAUCACGCGCAUCAUCAAGGAGGCGCUUCCUGAUGGAGUGAACAUUUCCAAAGAAGCUCGGAGCGCAAUAUCUCGAGCAGCAAGUGUGUUCGUGCUCUAUGCAACAUCGUGUGCAAAUAACUUCGCCAUGAAGGGGAAGAGGAAAACCCUGAACGCUGGCGAUGUGCUCUCUGCCAUGGAGGAAAUGGAGUUUCAGCGAUUUGUAGCCCCUCUGAAAGAAUCCCUGGAAGUUUACAGACGUGAACAGAAAGGAAAGAAAGAAGCAAGAAAAGAUAAAGACAAAAAGACAGACUCAGAGGAACAAGAUAAGAGCCGAGAAGAAGAGAAUGAUGACGAUGAUGAAAGGAUGGAGGAAGAAGAACAAAACGAGGAGGAGGAGGUGGACAAUUGAGCUUUAUGAUGAGACAUGCAGGGGUUGGGUUUUUGUAGGGAUAUAAAUGCUGUAAAGAAAUCUUGCUGUGUCCCCUCUUGUUUCCAGUAGAGCAUUGUACCGUUCUUUUGGGGUCCAUCUCUUUUUGACUUCAGUUUGUAUAUAAAGGAUUUGGCUAAAACAUUUCUAGUGGGUGGACCACCUCAUCCCUGUGCGCAGGGGACUUGGCAGCUUCCCAAGGUUCUGAGCUGGCAGUAACGGGCUAUUUAUGCUGGGUUGGCUCUGAAAUAGAAAAAAAAAUAGAAGCUGGCCAGGAGAACCUGAGAGAUCUAUUGAAUAAGCUCCUUACACCAAGUCAGAGGCUGAAUCUUCAUUAACCCAUUGGGGUUUAGAGACUACACGAUGACGUUAAGAGCCUUAGAAGCUGACCGUUUAAACUUUUUAUCUAUGUAACAUCUUUUUCUUUAGUUUCUUGCAUUCUGUCUGUGCCUUCUGUGUUUCUGCUCUCUGACAGUGAUGCUGUGUCUUUCAGCCUUACCAGCUGCAUGCAGCCAUGCAGCACAACUGUACAAGGGCCAGCGAACUGAACUGGUUUUCUCCCCUAAAUGAAUCUAAAUCAAAAAACUUCACUGUACUUACAAUGCAAACUAAAUACCAAAAGUGCUUGUUUUGUGUCUUUAAA